AUGUCGCCGACAACGCUGUUGAUGAUGUUGCUGAGUCUCCUCCUCGGCGGCGUUCUCCCCGAGGACCCUUACCUCUACUUCACCUGGAACGUCUCCUAUGGCACCAUCGCUCCCCUCGGCGUCCCCCAGCAGGCCAUCCUCAUCAACGGCGAGUUCCCCGGCCCCAACAUCAACUCCACCACCAACAAUAACGUAAUCGUCAGCGUCUUCAACAACCUCGACGAGCCCCUCCUCUUCACUUGGAAUGGGAUUCAGAACCGGAAGUUUACGUGGCAGGACGGUGUGGCUGGGACCAAUUGCCCGAUCCUGCCGGGGAAAAACUUCACGUACCAUUUCCAAGUGAAGGACCAGAUCGGUAGCUUCGUUUACUUCCCCUCUCUCGGGAUGCAGAAGGCGGCCGGCGCCUUCGGCGGCCUCCGCGUGAACAGCCGCCUCCUCAUCCCGGUGCCCUACGAUGACCCCGCCGACGACUACACCCUCCUCAUCGGCGACUGGUACACCAAGAGCCACAAGAUCCUGGAGAAGACGCUCGACGCAGGGAAGCCCAUCGGCCGUCCCGCCGGCGUCCUCAUCAACGGCCACUCGGGCAAGGACGCCUCAGGCAACGACGAUCCGCCACUCUUCUUUAUGGAGGCCGGCAAGACCUACCACUACCGCAUCUGCAACGUCGGACUGAAGGUGACAUUAAAUUUCCGGAUGCAAUCGCACUCGAUGCUACUGGUGGAGAUGGACGGGUCCCACACGGUACAGAACAGGUACGACUCCCUCGACGUCCACAUCGGCCAGUGCCUCUCCGUCCUGGUCACCGCCGACCAAACUCCCGGCGACUACUACGUGGCGGCCUCCUCGAGGUUCACUAAGUACAGCAUCUCCGCCACCGGGAUCAUCCGCUACAACGGCUCUAACACCCCGCCGUCGAAGGACGUCCCGCCUGCGCCGGAAGGUUGGUCGUGGUCGUUCAACCAGUGGCGUUCCUUCCGGUGGAACCUCACCGCCAGCGCCGCCCGCCCCAACCCGCAGGGCUCCUACCACUACGGAAGCAUCAACAUCACCCGCACCAUAAAGCUAGUCAGCUCCACCGCGAAGGUCGACGGGAAGCGGCGGUACGCGCUCAACGCGGUGUCGCACGAGGACACCGCCACGCCGCUCAAGCUCGCCGAGUACUUCGGCAUCGCCGGCAAGGUGUUCCAGUACGACAUCAUCGGCGACGAGCCGCCGCAGGAUACCUCCACCAUCAAGAUCGCGCCUAACGUAUUGAACAUGACGUUCCGGACGUUCGUGGAGGUGGUGUUCGAGAAUCCGGAGAGGACGACGCAGGCGUACCACAUCGACGGCUACGCCUUCUUCCCCGUCGGGAUGGGGCACGGGUCGUGGACGCCGGAGAGCAGGAGUCUGUACAACAACAUGGACGCGGUGAGUAGGCACACGAUCCAGGUGUACCAGAGAUCGUGGUCGGCGGUCCUGAUGACGUUCGACAACGCCGGGAUGUGGAACCUGAGGUCGGAGCUGUGGGAGCGGCGGUACCUCGGGCAGCAGCUCUACUUCACGAUCCAGUCGCCGGAGCGGUCGCUGAGAGACGAGAGCAACAUCCCUGACAACGCGCUGCUCUGCGGCGACGUCGUCGGCCUGCCGAAGCCGCCACCCUACGUCUAA